UCUAGGUAGGAUCCCUCAAUGUAAAUCUCAACUUUGUAGAUAGACCUGUCAUCAUACCGAGGCCUAGGAAAUGCUGGAUAGGUACCUACCUAGGUAACCCAACCAUAAAUCAAUAAUUGUUGUUAUGUCAAUCGCCUCACAAAGUCUACGAUCAACUCUCAACGGGACUUUUUAUCCCUCUGCCAUGCAUCCCCUCCCGAUUCCAUAGUCAUCUAUUUUCCUUCCAUUGUCUGCAACCUUUCUCCACACACCAUACACGCCUAUACAAGCGAGGGACCAUACAUACAUAUCUUAUAUACCUACCUUACCUACCUUACCUAACCUACAUAUGAGGUAUCUGGACUAAGCCUUGCCUUGGCACCUCACAUCUAUAUUUAUUCGCCAUGGAUUCAAGGGGCUCAGCAGACACGUCGCUCCCAGAAAGGCCUUUUCAUUCGAAACGCCCGCACAGAAAGUCGCGAGGUGGCUGUCGGAACUGCAAGGCCAGGAAGAUCAAGUGUUCCGAAGACAGGCCACAAUGCAGGACGUGCGUCCUGCGCAUGGAGGAAUGCGUUUAUGCGCUCCCCGCUGCCAAAAAGACGGCUCGGUCAGUAGUUGCGGCUGCGACUUCGGCUUCAUCCAAAUCGAGCUCGCCGCCGUCGUCUGCGUCUUCACCGUCGUCGCCGAGCGAAGUAGCGAAUACCCCACAACCAAAUGAGGACUUUGCAGUGCUGCCCGUCUCGCCCCAGCUAGCACCACGGCCCGCUGACUCCGACUAUCUCGACAUGAAGCUUCUCUGGUUUUAUACCGCCAAAGGAUGCGAAUCCUUCAACUCUGAUCUGAGCGAGUACGGUGCAAGCAAGCAGUCCAUGCUAAAUCAGACAUUGCGCUUCACUAUUCCCAGGAUUGCUCUGGAGCACCGCUUCCUCAUGGACUGCAUGCUAGGCCUCUCAGCCCUUCAAAUGUCCUCCAUGGAGAACGAAAAGAUACCAUUGUCGAGGAUCAUGUUGUAUAACUCCUCGGCAAUGAAGGGCUAUCGGGAAGCUAUCGAGGCGGCCAAGCCGAGGACGUUUAACGCUUUAUUAACAUGCUCUCUCUUUAUGUGCGCCCUGUCAUCUGAGAACUUUCGUCAACCAAAUCCACCUCCUCUCUUUAUACUAGAUUGGAUCGUGGUCUGGAAGGGCAUCUCUCUGAUUUACGGUAUGAUAGUACAACAUACUGGCAGUCCCUUAAAAGGCAACUCCGAACCUUCCGGACUGGCGCCGCUUUUUAGCAGACCCCCUGUCAACGGCGAAGAGGCGGCUCGCUACAUCCCUGGGAAUCUCCUGUUCAUGGUUUCCUCGCUUAAAGAGGGCGAUGAGGAGUUCCCAUACGUCCAGGCCUACUACAGCACUCUCAAAGUCCUUGGAGCUUUGUACAUGGACCUCGAGCAUACGUACGGUCCCAUCCUCACCUUGAGGGUUAUAACAUUCUUUACCUUUGUGCCGCCGUCAUUCGUCGAGGCUGCGCGCGAGAGACGGCCGCGCGCCCUCGUUAUAAUUGCCCACUGGCUUGCAUUCUCAAAACUGGCAACACAUAUAUGGUGGAUGCGUGGCCUGGCCGACCACGAGGUCUACAACAUUAGCAAUGUGGUGGGUGACGAAUACCACCAGCUUAUGCAGGUGCCUCUUGCCGCCGUCGAUAUCGAGGAUUAUGUUGAGCUGGCCAGGUUGUUAUCCAAUAAUUAUACCUUUGAGCCUGUCAGGCGCAGGCUGGCAGACCUGCCACCUGAUAAACUUCCGGCCUUGUUUACGGAUGACGAAGAUGGCAAUUACCUUCCUGUCACGAACCCGGCGGUAUGAGGACGCAGUGUUUCCCGAAAUCCGCUACGAACAGUGCCGGUCCAUUUUCUAGACAGAAUGUCUUUGCUGUAGCGCGGCCUAUUUCACUUUCCAAGUCUGCAUGUAUGAUAUGUAAUUCGAGACCAGCUCUAGUUCUUACUUUGAAUAUUUGUAGGGCCCAGCUGUGACCAUUAUGUGGUUCUUCAGAGAUACAUAUCGACUCUCUGUCCUAUCCUGUUCCACCCGUCUUUGACCGGAGUUACUUAGUAUUAUGUUGAGUAUGGAGUAUACAGUAAACAAAUUCAGGAGGCACUUGGUAUUCCACUGGACAGUUGAUUACCUUUCCCCACCAAAAAAAAAAAAAAAAAAGAA